GUUACCAAAACAGUUGACUUCCACUUCUUCACAGAUGAGCGAGUCAAACAGCAACCCAAGAACUAGGAAGAGUAUAAGGAAGUCAACUUCAUAUCUGAACUUCAGAAGCAUCCUUCCUCUCCUACCCGAGGAACCAGAGGAUGUACUAUCAUUAAGCCUUUCAAUCUGUCCAAAGGAAAGAAAAGAACAUUUGACGAAGCAGCUUCUACAUAUGUGCCCAUUGCACAGCAGAUUGAAGCGUUCCACAAACGAACCCCUAAUAGAUACCAUCUGAGGAACAAGAAGGACGAGAGCUUGUUACCCUCCAAACCUGUGAACAAGAUUGCACGAGACCCACAGACCCCCAUACUGCAGACCAAAUAUCGUGCAAGGGUUGUGACCUGCAAAAGUGCAGCUGAGCAGGAGGCUGAGGAGCUUGAGAAGCUGCAACAAUACAAAUUCAAAGCACUGGAACUUGAUCCCAGAAUUUUUGAAGGUGGCCCCAUCUUGCCCAAGAGACCGCGAAAAGAAACAGAAGAUGAACAAUUUGAAUUUCAUUCCAGACCUUGCCCUACUAAGAUCUUGGAAGAUGUUGUGGGUGUUCCUGAAAAGGUAAUUCCAGCCACUGUUCCUAAGUCACCAGUUUUUGCAUUGAAGAACAGGAUCCGAGUGCCCAUCAAAGAAGAGGAGGAAGAGGAAAAACCAGCAGUGACCAAAGCCCAACCUGUGCCACAUUAUGGCGUGCCUUAUAAGCCCCACAUCCUAAAAGCAAGAAGUGUGAACCUGUGCCCUUUCUCCUUUGAUACCCGGGACAAAGAACGCCAGUUGCAGAAGGAGAAAAAAAUAAAAGAAAUGCAGAAAGGAGAGGUGCCCAAGUUCAAAGCACUUCCUGUGUCCUAUUUUGACACUGUUAACCUGCCAGAGAAAAAGGUAAAGAAUGUGACUCAAGCUGAACCUUUCUCCCUGGAGACAGACAAGAGAGGCGCCUACAAGGCCAAGAUAUGGAAGCACCAGCUGGAGGAAGAACAGAAGCAGCAGAGGGAAGCAGCUUGCUUCAAGGCUCGUCCAAACACCGUCAUCUUUCAAGAGCCCUUUGUUCCCAAGAAAGAGAAAAAAUCAGUUGCUGGGAACCCAUCUGGUUCUCUAGUUCAGGAACCUUUUCAGCUGGCCACAGAGAAGAGAGCCCAAGAGAGGCAGGAACUGGAGAAGAAAAUGGCUGAAAAGAAGGCCUGGAAACUGCAGCAGUUGGAGGAAAUCAGGCAGCAGGAAGAGGAGCAGCAGAAGGAGGAGCUAGCCAGGCUCCGGAAAGAACUGGUGCACAAGGCAAAUCCAAUACACAAGUACUCUACAGUGGAGGUGAAAUCCAGUGAGCUGCCUCUGACUGUGCCAAUGUCUCCUAAAUUCUCCACUCGGUUCCAGUAG